UGACUCCUGAGCACCCAGGGUUCCUCCACGGGGCCUCCUCCACUGUCUGAUGGCUCUGCUGGUCUCACUUCCUGUCGGGAUUCCGGACAUGGCCUGGCUCCUGCUUCUGCUGCUGCCAGCAGCCAGCCUGCAAGCUGGUAACUCAGCAGGAUCCAACAGAGAAAUUCCUUUUGGUGUAAACCAACCAGCACACCUCUCUGGUGUCCAGGGCGGCUCCAUUGAGAUCCCCUUCUCCUUCUACUUCCCCUGGGAGUUGGCACCGUAUUCACAGAUGACGAUUCUCUGGAGAUGGAAGGCCCUCCAUGGGGAAUUGAUCUACGACUCCUCUUCGGGUUUCAUCCAUGAGCAUUUCAAGAACCGACUCAUCCUGAACUGGACACAGCCUCAGACAUCCGGAGUCCUCAGAAUCCUGCACUUGAAGGAGAAGGACCAGACAGUGUACUUCUGCAAAGUCCGUCUGAACACGAAACAUGGCAUAAAGCAGUGGCAGCCAAUUGGUGGGACCCGACUCAACAUCACCCCUAUGAAGCACAUCCCAGCCCCCAGGACCACCUCUCCAAGCCUCAACACUGCAACUUCUGCACACUCCAAAAACACCCUCACUGCCACAGAAGCAGCCAGAAUCACCACGAAGAGCCCCUCCAUCAUCACCUCUUCAGUCACCACGGCUGGACUGGAGGACACAGAGGGACAGAGGAAUCCUUCACUUGUGAAACUAGGAGCCAUUAUUGGGGUGGUGGUGGCCACGGCUGUGCUCAUAACCCCCAUCUAUGUGAUGCUGAUCUUCCUCUGGUGGAAGAAAAGGCCAGCAGACUAAAGCUGAAACCCCAAUCAGGCACAGCACUGUUAAUCCCCAACUAAUGGAACUCCAGGGGCCAGCAUCGCUCACCAGGGUGGUGAAUUUCAUUCGAAUUAAGGCUUGGUGGCCACACAUCCUGCAUCUUCAACCCCUUCCUUCACCAAAGCCUGGAAAUCAGAGAGCAGGGCUGUACCCUGUGCUGUGAAACAUCCGUCCAUGGACAGGUACAAGAAGAGAACCCGAUUUCUGCAAUGUGCACUGGAAUUCCUUUCCUCAGAACCCUGUCAAUUUGUCUCUCUCUGGUCCUGAGAUCCAAACUCUGCUAUUACCUAUCUGUCUGUGGAGUUAAUAACAUUUUUAAUAAAUAUCUUCCUCCCAGCAAUGCC